AUGACUUCUCUUAUGUACGAGGAAAGGAAGGAUGAUCUGGUCAUAUUCUCGUUUUCUAGAAAUGACGAUGAUGAUGACGAUGUCAAUGACGAUGACAAUGACGAUGAUGAGGUCGGUGAUGAUGACGACUUCGACGAAAAUGAUGAUGUUGACGAUAAUGGUAAUGACGACGAUGAUGAUGACAUUGAUGAUGACGAUGACGAUGAUGAUGAUGACGACAAAGAUGAUGGUGACAAUGACGAUGACCAUGACGAUGUCGAUGACGAUGAUGAUGACGAUGAUGAUGAUGACGACGAUGAUGAUACUGAUAAUGACGAUGGCGAUGAUGACAUUGAUGAUGACGAUGGCGAUGACGAAUAUGAUGACAAUGAUGAUGAUGAUGAUGAUGACGAUGACAAUGAUGAUAACUACACGACGACGAUGAUGAUGAUGAUGAUGGUAUCGAUGACGAUGACGACGAUAAUGACGAUGAUGAUGACAAUGACGAUGAAGAUGAUAAUGACGAUGACGGGGGAACGAUGA